AAUGAAUCCGCCAGGCGAUCAAGCUGCUUACAACAACUUCGCAUGAGGACAAACCUUCGAAGGCGGCUUCUAAAAAACCGCAUCGAAAUUUUUAUCUGGGCCAAAUUUGUGUCGGGACGAGAGCUGCAAGAACCUUGCACCUUAUAUAGAUACAUUCACUGUUAAAUAAGUUGAAGAUGCUGUUCUUGCAUGAGAGGACAGCAAAUUCGUGCAACAGUUUUAGAGUGUAACUUUUGCAAAUCCCUCCAUACUGUCAAAGGAUGCAUCCUUCUUGAUGUCCCGGCGGUUCAGAUUGAACACCUGGCGAAAGCGGUGGAGAUGGCUGGCAGCGACGCUAGGGCGCUCAGGGCCCACCUCAUGACCAUUUUUGGCAUUGCGGAAGCGGAUGUGCGAGGAGCCCCGGCGAGGAGCCCCGUGUCGUGGAUCAGGCCGAUUCAGUGCAUAUGGCGUUCUCAGACGUUACAUUCUCAACCGUUACAUGAAUUUGUGAUGCAAGAAUAUUUGCAAAAGUCAAAGGGGGGACCUUGCGCGUCUUGCAUUACACAAAUUGCAAUGCUAUUUAGCUUGCCGAGAACAACAAUUUUUCAUGCGAAGAAGCUUGAUCGUGAGAAGCGUGAUAGUGAUUCUGCAUGGCAAAUUCAUGCACCAGUUAAGAGUGUAACGUUUGAGAGUCCCAUAGUGCAGCCUCUUCAGAGGCGCCGUGAACAUGGCGGCGCGAUCUGGUGACGGUGAGGCUCUGGUUGAAAGCGUCAUCGUGAGCUUCGCGGCCCUGGUUGCGGAUGAGGAACUGGCUAUGAAGGUACGUCCGUCAGUUUAGACUACAGUGGCACGCUUUUCAAAGUAGAUACCGUUUCUACUUUUUGGUAGAUACGGUUUUUAGAAAUUUUGAAAAUUGUAUCUACUUUGAUCUCGGGCAUUUUGGGACUGAUCCUUGGUUUUUCAAGGAUCUAUCCUUGGUAGUCCAAGGAUCAAUCCUUGAAAGCCAAGGACUGAUCCCAAAAUAGCCGAAAUUGAAGUAGAUACGGUUUUUGAAAGAACACGCGAGCGAUUUGCUGUCUCGACAACGAAAAAGGGUCUGCUACGUUGUCAGAAACAGCAAAUCGCCUAGGCAAAACGAAGGAGGAACACCCAGCAAGCAAGAAAUGGGCCGCGACGAUACCAGGGCCGUGCAUCCAACUCCUUGGCCGGGCACUGCGCAAAGAAAGUGCUAAAGCAAUCGCAACGCAAGCGCUCUCGUCUUCGAAGGAGCAAAGAAUUGCCGUGGGGCGUCUUCGCUCAGUGUCUGUGUCUGCGCCCUGGCAUUGGGCUCCGGCCCCAUUGGCGCGCGGCGCCCCGCCGUUGUGUUUCUCUGGGGUUUGCUCUCGUUGGUCGCUGUGGCAUUGCUAUCGGCAUGACUAUGAGACGGGGGCGCGCGCAGACACUGUCGGUGGCCUUGGCGCGCGGGCGUGUGCCUGUGCGUGUAUGAGAAGAAACAUGGCAGGCGCGCGAGCACAAUGGCAACCAAAGGGCAAGAAGGCCGCCGCGGCUCUUCCUUGUUUGAGUUCAGUUCUUGCUCUUUUCUUUUCCAGCGCGGCUCUUUAAAAUAAUUUUACUCGCACCCGGGCACCGGAACGAAGUGAGACCUUCCCGGCCCCCAAAGGAAUCUCAUACCCGCGAGCACGGAGUAAGAUUUUCCCAGCUCCGAAACCUCCCGCCCUGGCGGCCAGGGCAUGAGAUUUAUUCGCCCAGCACCGAAACCCAAUGCCCUGGUGGCCAGGGCGUGAGGUUUUCCCGGGUCCGAAAUAUUAUACCCGCGAGCAGGGCGUGAGAUUUUCGCAGCUCCGAAAGCUCAUGCCCUGGUGGCCAGGGCACGCGUGAUAUUUUCCCGGCUUCAAAAAAUCAUGCCCACGAGCAGGGCAUGAAAUUUCUCCGGCUCCAAAAUCUCACGCCCUGGUGGCGAGGGCAUGAGAUUUUCCCAGCUCCAAAAUCUCAUGCCCGGGUGGUCAGGGCGUGAGGUUUUCCCCGCUUCAAAAAAUCAUGCCCGCGAGCAGGGCGCGAGGUCUUUACUUUUCCGGCCGAAAAUCUCACGCCCUGGCGGCGAGGGCGUGAGGUUUUUCCGGGUCCAAAGUCUCAUGCCCUGGUGACGAGGGCGUGGGGUUUUCUCGGCUCCAAAAUCUCAUACCCGCGAGCGGGGCAUGAGAUUUUUCCGACUCCGAAUUGAAAUCGCAUGCCCACGAGCAGGGCACGCAGGAGAUUUUCCCAGCUGCAAAAUCUCACGCCCUGGUGGCGAGGGUGUGAGGUUUUCACGGCUCCAAAAUCUCAUACCCUGGUGGCGAGGGCGUGAGGUUCUCCCGGCUCUGAAACCUCACGCCCACGAGCAGGGCGCGCGGCAGAUUUUCCCGGCUCCAAAAUCUCAUGCCCGCGAGCAGGGCAUGAGAGUUGUCGGGGCCCAAAAUCUCACGCCCUGCCCGUGGGCAUGAGGUUUUCCCGGCUGUAAAUCUCACGCCCUGAUUGCUCGUGGGCGUGAGAUGUUCCGUGCAGCGCAAUCUCAUGCCCUGGCGGCGAGGGCAUGAAACUUCCCCGGCUCCCAAAUCUUAUACCCGCGAGCACGGCUUGAGAUCUUCCCAGCCCCCUCCGAAGCCUCGCGCGGCCAUGGUAUGAGAUUUUCCCGGCCCCCAAAUCUCACUCAUACCCGCGAGCACGGCGUGAGAUUUUCCCCGCCCCAAAACCUCACACACCCCCACGACGAGCAGGGCGCGAGAUUUUUCCGGCUCCGCAAUGUCAUGCCCUGGUGGCGAGGGUGUUGGGUUUCCCCGGCUCCAGAAUCGCGGUCGCCCGGGUUCGGAGAGGCCGACGGAGGCCGGGCGCCCGCGGGAAGGAAGGUAGAAUUCGGGCGCGGGGAAGGGGAGGGCGGGCGCGACCGAGGGAGGAGGAGGCCAGGCGCAGGACGGAGGAGGAGACCCACUCCGUGACGGAGAAGGCCGGGCCCGGGAGGGUGGAACUUCCCGGGCGCGGGAAGGUGGAGGCCGGAUUGGGGUGCGGGGGGGUUGGCCUGGGGAAGGGGAGGCGUUGCGGGUUUUGGUAGACGACAGGGGAGUCGAUUUGAGAUUGCUUUUUCGGCUUUCUUGGCUUAAGUGGUGUGGCUCGUGAACCUUAGGGCGUGAGAUUUUGCCGUCGGGAAAAUCUCCUGCGUGCCCUGCUCGUGGGCAUGGGCUUUCGGAGUCGGAGAAACCUCAUGCCCAUCUCGCGAGUAUGAGACUUUGGAGCCGAGGAAACCCAAUGCCCUCGCCACCAGGGCAAGAGACUUUGGAGCCAGGACAAUCUUACACCGACCCCCGCCCCCAGGGCGUGAGAUUUUCGGCCGGAAAAAUUUUAUGCCCUGCUCGCGGGCAUGAUUUUUCGAAGCCGGGAAAAUCUCACGCCCACCCUGGCCACCCGGGCAUGAGAUUUUGGAGCUGGGAAAAUCUCUUUGCCCUCGCCACCUGGGCGUAAGUUUUGAAGCCGGAGAACUUUCAUGCCCUGCCCGCGGGCGUGAUUUUUUGAAGCCGGGAAAAUCUCCAGCGUGCCCUGGCCACCAGGGCGUGAUCUUUUGGAGCUGGCAAAAUCUCACGCCCUGGCCUGCUGAGGCCAUUGGAGCAGGAUUUUGGAGCGGGGAAAGCGAAAAUCUCACGCCCUGCUCGCGGGUAUAAUGUUUCGGACCCGGGAAAAUCUCAUACCCUGGCCACCAGGGCAUGGGGUGUUGGAGCUGGGGAAAUCUCAUGCCCUGUUCGCGAGUAUGAGACUUUGGAGCCGGGAAAGCGAAAAUCUCAUGCCCUGGACACCAGGGCGCGAGAUUUUCGCUUUGGGGCUGGGAAAAUCUCACUCCGUGCUCGCGGGUAUGAGAUUUGGCCGUCGGGAAAGCCUCAGCUUUGGGCUUUGCUUCCGGUUCCCGGGUGCUAGUAAAAUUAUUCAAAACAGCCGCACUGGAAAACAAAGGCGCAAGGCCUAAACGCAAACAAGGAAGAGCCGUGGCGGCCUUCUUCCCCUUUGGCUGCCAUUCAUUGUGCUCGCGCGCAUGCCAUACUUAUUCCCAUACACACACAGGAACACGCCCGCGCGCCAAGGCCACAGACAGUGUCUGCGCCCUCGUCUCAUAGUGGUCAUGCCGAUAGCAAUGCCAUAGCCAUCAACGAGAGCGAACCCAAGAGAAACACAACAGCGGGGCGCGUGCGCAGAAGCAAGGCACGGCGCGCCAAUGGGGUCGGAGCCCACCUGCAGGACGCAGGCACCCUGACCGGGGCGAAGACGCCCCGCGGCGAUUGUUUUUCCAAAGUCAAAGACGAGAGUAGCGCCCUCUUUGCGAUUGCUUUAGCACUUUCUUUGCGCAGUGCCCGGCCACGGAGUUGGAUGCACGGACCUGGUAUCGUCGCGGCCCAUUUCUUGCUUGCUGGGUGCUCCUUCUUCGUCUUGCUUAGGCGAUUUGCUGUCUCUGACAACGUGGCGCACUCUUUUUCGUUGUCGAGACAGCAAAUUGCUUGCGUCUUCUUCCCAAUACCAUAUCUACUUCAAUUUCGGUCAUUUUGGGAUCAAUCCUUGGCUUUCAAGGAUUGAUCCUUGGAUUACCAAGGAUUGAUCCUUGAAAAACCAAGGAGCAAUCCCAAAAUGCCCGAAAUGAAAGGAGAUACAAUUUUCAAAAUUUCUAAAAGCCGUAUCUACCAAAAAGUAGAUGCGGCAUCUACUUUGAAAAGCGUGCCACUGUAGUCUAUUACUGACGGACGUACCUUCAUAGAACUGGCCGAAGUUGGAAGGCUUGACGGACUACAGGACGCCGUGCACACUUUGGAGCAAGUCGGUAGUGCCGGGGCCCCGAUCUCUUACACGCACGACGAGUGCUUCGCCGUCACCCUGCAGUACGAGCAAUCGCCGCUUAUGCAGUGUAAAAUAAGUAUCCGAUACUCGUGUAAAUGCAUUACAAAUUUCCUUAGCAUGAGAAAUAAAAUUUGUAAUGCGGAUUUACCUUUAGAAGAAUGCGUGACUGCAAUUACUACGAUACUUUUGCAGUGCAUACCGCUGGACCUGGAAGAGUUUUGCCCCACCUCCAGCCACUGCAAGUUUGUGGACUACUCGCUCGUCCAGGUCGCGUUGUCUGUGUCUGAUGUCUAUCAGAUGCAAAAAUGUCUGGGUCUGGAAGGUUGGAGCUUGUGAUGCUAUAACUCUGGACUCCAAAAAAAUCUGUAUUGCAUGAUCAGCAAGAGAAGUCUCGUUUGUGCUACGCGGGGAGGGCAUUUGUCAUGCGGAUUAGGCAUCCGGAUGAACCGGAAGGAGCCCUCUAAAAAUCUGUGAUGCUAGGUCAUCGAUUGCAGACGUUCUGGGUCAACAUGCAAAAUCUGCAUUACAAGUCUCGGAAGCUUCCAGACCUAGACAUACUUGUAUUUGAUAAUGUCCAGUUGGACCGUGCGGAGCUGGUCUCGCUCAUUGACGGCGGGGGCGUGGUAUGCUGUGCAAAAGUAUCGUACUCAUAGUAAUCGCAGUCAUGCAUUACAAAUCUCCAUCCCAAGUCAAAACAGCAUGACAAACCGCAUUUGUCGUGCUGAGCUAAUUUGUAUUGCAAUUACUACUAGUGCGAUACGUUUGCAGUUCAUACGUGGGGACGCACCUGAUGCUGGGCGAAGCGAGCAAAGUAUGGUUGUGUCAGGAUUGAAAUUGACAAAGUUGAAAUAACUUGUGAUGCAUAAAAUCGAUACCAGUUGGAAGCCCAAUUUCCAAGCGGCGCAUGACAAAUUUCGCAACCGUCCAAAUCCAGUGUGACAUGCUGUUUGGGCACAGAAGACUGCUUUUGUCAUGCUCCUCUAGCAGCUCUGUCCCAAACCCUAAAUAGGCUCACAAUCUGCCUCACUUGCUAUCUCGGCAAGACAGGCACUUCAUGCCUUGCAUUUUAUGCAUGACAAAUCAUUUCAACUUUCACGAUUUCAAUCCUGACACUUCCAUGCAAAGCCGGCUUGGAGUAUUGGAAGGGCGUUUUUGCAACCGAGAACUUGUCUCCGAACACGGACCGCAUGAUAUCAUGAGGAAAGAUCCCUCACCCCCCAUACUCAAAGUGGAAUUUGUCUAGCAUGAUUUGUGAUCACAAAUCACUUUGUCAUGCUAGAAGGGAAGAGAUCGCUGCGGGCUGUAAUGCAAUGCUGGCUGGCGCGUGUAAGCCUUGCAUCUUCAGCAUGACAGGAACCAACUGCAUUGCCCAGAACAGCAUGACAAAGUGCCUAGAGGUAGGCUGUGGGUGAUGUCUCUCGUUGCCUUCCAGCAAUACUACAGGUGAAUUUGUGUACACAAAUCGCGCAUCAGAAAUCUCCUUUUGAUAUGGAAGGGGGGGAUUUUUCCUUUUGAUACAUGAAAGUCUGCGUUGGGGCGGACAAGCAAAGGGACUGCAGCAUGCUCAGCUACAACCCGGUGCAGUGCCUCAUCUACGGGUGCAACUUCGAAGGGAACGCGACAGAAUCGUCUCCUCUGGCGGGAACCUGCAGCGGCGGGGCGAUCGAAACGGUCGCCAGCUUGGGGAAUCUGGUGGCUAACCCAGGGGAUGCUAUUGGCGGGGGUGGCGACGGAGAAAAGGAAGAGGAGGAGGAUAUCAGAAUGAAAAAUCACCCCUCCCCAUAUCGAAACAAAGUUUCUGAUGCUGGAUUUGCGUACACAAAUCAGAUUUGUCUUGCUGGUGAGGACAACAUCUAAUGGCCCAUAUCAAGCCACCUGAGUACUAGACAGGGUUUGGCCUAGGCCCUUAGCAUGACAGACGUCCACGCUGUAGGAGCAACAGCGUGACAAACCGCCUGUAGAAUUAUGCGGCGGAGCCUGUAGAGUUGCCUUCAUGCAACACAGAGACGAUUUGUGGUCACAAAUCAGCAACGCAAAUUUUCGAAAACGCACCUUGCCAAUAUGGGGGGGGGGGAUUUCUGCUCGCGAUACAGGAAAAAACCGAGUCCUCCGGCGGUUUUCUCGGCUGCUGCUGA